AUGGAUGUCUCUCAUAAAGAACAAAGGGUCCUUGUUUUGCGAUAUGUCAACAAAGAGGGUAAGCUUAUUGAGCGAUUUCUUAGUGUUGUUCAUGUUAAAGAUACAUCUGCACGGUCACUAAAAGAUGCUAUAUAUUCUUUUAUUUUAGAGCAUAAUUUGAGUUCUUCUCAUAUUUGUAGACAAGGUUAUGAUGGAGCUAGUAACAUGCAGGGAGAACUCAAUGAUCUUAAAAUUUUGAUUAUGAAAGAUACUCGUUCGACAUAUAGUAGCAGGAAGAAGCUUAGAGAUGAUCAAACAGAAAAAUUAGAAGAAUUAUUGAUGUUUGGUGAAGUUCAUACAGGAAGUGAAUUGAAUCAAGAACUUGGACUUCAAAGAGCAGGAGAUACUCAUUGGAGUUCUCAUUUUAAAACAGUGCAUAACUUUAUGAUAUUAUUCUCCUCAAUUAUUCAUGUACUAGGAGUUCUUGUUAAGGAGGGUUCAAAUUACCAAGAGAAAUCAUUGGCAAAGAGUUUAGAAGAUGACAUAAGAUUUUAUGAGUUUGUGUAUACAUUGCAUUUGAUGUUAAAAGUAUUGACAAUUAUACAUGAUUUGAAUAUGGCUUUGCAAAAAAAAGUUCAAGAUAUUGUUACUGCUAUGAACCUUGUUGGUUUCACAAAGAGACGGUUGCAAUCUAUGAGAGAUUCUAAAUGGGGUUCUUUGGUAAAGGAUGUUUCUUUAUUUGUGCCAAACAUGAUAUUGUGA